CAGUGCUUAUCAAUGUCAUCCGAGACAGAGACAACAAUCGACGAAGUCGAAAGCGCAGAAGAUGUCCUCUCCGAUGCCCUCUAUACGCUAUACGACUAUCAGCCUAUCACCCAUGCGUCGGCAGGGCAGAAGUACACAUACAAUUAUCCUUCGACGGAGCGACCUCUUUCGAUCAUUUUGACUACACCUGACACCGAUGCCGCGAACUGGGAACUGCACGCAUCAUCCAUCUGGACUUCUGCUGUCUAUCUUGCAGAUCACAUCGAGGAGAUAGAAUUGCCCCCAGAAGCCUCUGUUCUCGAACUUGGCGCAGGUGCAGGUUUACCCAGCAUCGUUCUCGCUGCCCUUCAUCCGCACGCAUCUGUGACCAUCACGGACUAUCCGGACCAGCAGGUGCUCGCCACUCUUCAGCAGAAUAUCGAGAGCAAUCACGUCGCCUCACAUUGUCGUGCUGCUGGAUAUGCUUGGGGAACAGAUCCUGUGCACGUCCUACGCUACGCACCGUCCGGUUACGACGUCGUGCUUGCAGCCGACACGCUGUGGAAUCCAACGCUGCGGGGCUCCUUCAUCGCCAGCAUCCAGGCAACGCUUAAGCAAACCGACCAUGCGCGAGCAUACCUCGUUGCAGGUCUUCACACCGGGAGAUAUACCCUUCAGGCAUUCUUGGACGCGGUAGAAAAUUCAUCGAGGCUCACUGUGGAUAGCCUGGUCGAACGGGAGGCGCGAGGGACAGAACGCAGAGCCUGGGAUGUUUCGCAUGCAGAUUCCGACGACGACAAAGAGCGGCGAAGAUGGGUUCUCUGGAUCGUACUCAAGUGGAAGCCAGGGUCAUGAUGCAUCGUCACAUAGAAGAGAACACUUCAUACAAAGGAACGAAUCGACUUCUUACUUCUUAUCUUCCCUUCCCCCAUCCCUCUCUCAGGCCUCGCGAUGCACACCAAAUGUGAGAACUACGGCAGGCUUUCCGCCACCGCGGCUCUCCUGCGAUGUCUCAUCAGUCGCGAAAUUGUGGCCAGUGACAGCAAUGGCUCACAUAUUCCAGUAUCAUGUUAUCCUCCGUCGCGCUCAGGCCCUUCACCUCCAUCUUCUCGCCAUGCUCAGCGGGGAUCGCCCUCUCCACCUCCAGCGGCACGGGUCCCGCCGCAGCCCCAACCCAAGACCAGGCGGCGCCGGGGCGUACAGAGCCCGC